UCAGCGCCGCGGGGUCCGGYCCGGCCGAGCGCCCGUGAGGCGGUGGUCCGGCCAUGGCGGGACGCGGGCGGCGGCGCUGAGACUAUUGCGGGGAGGUGUCGGUCCCUGAACGGGCACCAUGCGGUCCCUGAACAUCACCCCGGAGCAGUUCGCGCAGCUCCUGCGGGACAACAACGUGACGCGGGAGCAGUUCAUAGCUCUCUACGGGCUGCAGCCGCUGGUGUACAUCCCGGAGCUGCCGGGGCGCACUAAGGUGGCCUUCGUCCUGAUCUGCGUCCUCAUCUUCGCCCUGGCGCUCUUCGGUAACUGCCUGGUACUCUACGUGGUGACCCGCAGCAAAGCCAUGAGGACCGUCACCAACAUCUUCAUCUGCUCCCUGGCGCUCAGUGACCUUCUCAUCGCCUUCUUCUGCGUCCCCUUCACCAUGCUGCAGAACAUCUUCUCCAACUGGCUCGGCGGUGCCUUCACUUGCAAGAUGGUGCCGUUUGUUCAGUCCACUGCUAUUGUAACUGAAAUCCUUACAAUGACCUGCAUUGCUGUGGAAAGACACCAGGGAAUUGUGCAUCCACUAAAAAUGAAGUGGCAGUACACCAAUAAAAGAGCUUUCACGAUGCUUGGCAUAGUCUGGUUGCUGGCUCUUAUUGUUGGGUCACCCAUGUGGUACGUGCAACGGCUUGAGGUUAAAUAUGACUUUCUGUAUGAAAAAGUGUAUGUCUCUUGCUUGGAAGAAUGGRCCAGUCCAAUUUAUCAGAAGAUCUAUACGACCUUUAUUCUUGUUAUWCUCUUCCUUCUUCCCCUGAUACUGAUGCUUUUAUUGUACACUAAAAUUGGCUAUGAACUCUGGAUUAAGAAACGAGUGGGAGACGCUUCAGUUCUUCAAACCAUUCAUGGGAGCGAAAUGUCUAAAAUAUCAAGGAAGAAGAAGCGAGCAAUUGUUAUGAUGGUGACAGUGGUGUUUCUCUUUGCAGUCUGUUGGGCCCCUUUCCACGUGAUUCACAUGAUGAUGGAAUACAGUAAUUUUGAGAAGGAGUAUGAUGAUGUGACGAUCAAAAUGAUUUUUGCAAUUGUGCAGAUCAUAGGAUUCUUCAAUUCUAUUUGCAAYCCUAUCGUGUAUGCUUUCAUGAAUGAGAACUUCAAGAAGAAUUUUCUGUCUGCCCUCUGCUUCUGCAUCAUGAAAGACAACACAUCCCCAACCAGGCACCUUGGGAACUCAGGAAUUACCAUGAGGAGGCAAAAGCCAAGCUCUUCUCAGAGAGAUCCCAUGGAUUCAGACGAAGGAAGGAGGGAGGCUUUCAGUGAUGGCAACAUCGAGGUCAAGUUCUGUGAUCAGCCAGCUUCCAAAAGGAAUUUGAAAAGGCACCUGGUCCUGUUCAGCUCUGAGCUUACUGUGCACUCUGCAGUAGGAAAUGGACAGUAACAUCACAAGGGGGUUUGACAAUGGAGAAAUCAUUCUCKUUAGGAUAACUUUCAGUAAGCCAUUAAAAGAGUUUUCUGCUUUGCAUUCAGAAAUGAGGAGAGAAAAUGUUCUGUGGACUAUAAUAAUGUUGGGAUAGUGAUUGAGAAAAUGUAUUAUUUAUUUUAUAACGACGAGGAGUAAAACUUGGGAAAAGAACAUUACCAACCAUAUGAUUUCCAGGAGAAAAAAAGUGAUUUCUUCCUAAGUUAAUUUAGGGCUUGUUUGCCCUUGGCUUUAGGUAAACCARACAACUGCUGCUUGCUCCAUUUAUUCUGUCUGGACUGUACACAGUUGACUGCUAGAACACAGGAAGGAGGGAAUGUGCACCUUUUUGGGACAACUUGAAAAUCGAACAUGAGCCUGACAUUGCAAGAUCUGCUCUCUGCAGAUUUGGGUACAGAGUAGCUUUAAAUCUGAGUUCAGGAAAGAUGGAGACUGAGAUGCAAUUCUGUUUUAGAAAAAAAAAAGGAAAUAUGGAGGAGUCAUCCAGAAUAUAACUCUGAAGAGAUUAAGAUUUAAACAUUGCAUGCAUGUUGAGAUUUUGUUAACUGGAAACAUCUAAGUAAUUAACAAUGCAUGCGUAAUUACUGUGCUGUUUUUAUAGGUUAAUUCUCGGGUACCAAUUCAAAUGCCAUUGUAGUGCCCUGUAAACUGCCUUGUUCUGCUGGAAAAUGGAGAAGUUGAAAAAAUGCUGUACAAGAGUGUGCACAUGCAGAAGGUGUGGUCUGCAGAGUAAACACCAGGUUGAAUUUCCAAUCAUGCUUGGGCAUGUGGCUCUCAGGUUGCAAGUGUGGUGUUGCUGUUUUCUUUAGGGUUAUAAGGGCAUGAUCCAGAGCCURUUGGGACUUCACAGAAGACUUCCAAUGGGAUAUCAUGGUCUCUUGAUCAGACACUUCUCUGAAGAUGUACUCAUAUUUUUUGUCUGUCCAUCAUCUUCAAAGGGGAUUAACUGCUGUCUGAGAACCAGGCCAGUGUUGUGGUUUUUUAGGCUUUACAGUAAAUUGUGAGGUUGAUAUCCGUAUAAAUUCUAAAUGCUUUUGCUUUCAGUGGGCCAAACAGCAAAAUUACAAAGGUAUGCUUGCAAGGGUGGGGCUGGGGGAGUAAGUGUGACCUAGGUUGGUACACUGGGAUCUGAUCCCGUAAAUGAGGCCUUGAAAUACAGAAUUUGCCACUCUUGCUGAGGUUAGAUCAGAUCAUUUAACAGCCCAUGAAAUGCCAGUGCUCUCUUCUGUCAUCCCUUGCCUCACCUAUGGCACCUUAGUGCUGCCUUGGCAGGCAAUUUAAGAUUCUUUUACAUUGCUACUUUACACUUCAUUGUAAAUGAAAACUUAGGAUAGAAUAUCUGUGUAUAAAUUGCAAAUGAUUUGAUCCUUCUCCAACAUCUACAGAUUUCCAUUGGUUUCUGACACACUUUAUUUGCAUAUAUAUUUUUAAUAUUAUAUAUAAUAUACUCCUGGGCAAUGACACAAGGUUCCUGACUUGUCCUGAGGGCCAGGAAUUAAGAACUYAAUGGGAUAUUAUCAUAGUUUUCCUCAGCAGAUGUAAAGCUUAAUUGCCUGGURGUUAGAGCUAUGUGUUUGGAUAGAGUCUGUGACUGAUAACUAAUUUAUUUCAAGCCAUUUAUUUAUUUGCUGCUAAUUUCAGUGACAGAUUUUAACAAGCAUUUAGUCAAAACUUCCAAAUAUCUUAUAUUUUUGUUUUGUGUUACCUCCUUCUUCUGUUGUCUCAUAAAAUGUUAUGUCAGUGAAUUAACUGAUGUAGUAUUAAUUUUAUUUUCAUUAAAGUUCUGUUUUGGGUUUGU